AGCUGCUCCCCGCGCCGGGCGCCGCGCGCCGCUGCUCCGCUGCUCCGCUGCUCGGCCCCUCGGCUGCUGCUCCGCCGGCGCUGCCUCCCUCGCCCCGCGGCUCCCCCUUGCAACUUGGCGGGCCUCCUCCCUUUUGUCCGGCCCGGCCCGGCCGCCGCCGCCCCCCGCGCCCGGCGCCGAGCUCCCGGGUCUCCGGGCCGGCUGUCGGUGCCGGCAGGGCGCGGAGGGGGCGGGGGCCGCGGCUCGUCCCCCCGCGGAUGAGCCGCCGCGGACGGGGCGCGGGCGGACGAUGGAACUCCACAUCCUGGAGCACCGGCUGCAAGUUGCCAGCGUCGCCAAGGAGAGUAUCCCGCUGUUCACCUACGGCCUGAUCAAACUUGCCUUCCUGUCCUCCAAGACCAGGUGCAAGUUCUUCAGUCUGACUGAGACGCCAGAGGAUUACACUAUCAUUGUCGAUGAGGAAGGAUUCCUAGAGCUGCCCUCCUCGGAGCACCUGAGUGUGGCAGAUGCCACCUGGCUGGCCCUGAACGUAGUGUCCGGUGGUGGCAGCUUCUCCAGCUCCCAGCCCAUCGGCGUGACCAAGAUCGCCAAGUCAGUCAUCGCCCCACUGGCUGACCAGAACAUAUCCGUGUUCAUGCUGUCCACGUAUCAGACAGACUUCAUCCUGGUGCGCGAGCGGGACCUGCCCUUUGUCACCCACACGUUGUCAUCAGAGUUCACCAUCCUGCGGGUCGUCAAUGGCGAGACCGUGGCAGCCGAGAACCUCGGCAUCACCAAUGGCUUCGUGAAGCCCAAGCUGGUCCAGAGGCCAGUCAUCCACCCACUGUCCAGCCCGAGCAACAGGUUCUGUGUCACCAGCCUGGACCCUGACACGCUGCCUGCUGUUGCCACACUCCUCAUGGAUGUCAUGUUCUACUCCAAUGGAGUGAAGGACCCCAUGGCCACUGGGGAUGACUGCGGCCACAUCCGCUUCUUCUCCUUCUCCCUCAUCGAGGGCUACAUCUCCCUGGUGAUGGACGUGCAGACGCAGCAGAGGUUUCCUAGUAACUUGCUGUUCACAAGCGCAUCCGGAGAGCUCUGGAAGAUGGUCCGGAUUGGAGGACAGCCCCUGGGGUUUGAUGAGUGUGGCAUCGUGGCCCAGAUCUCAGAGCCCUUGGCUGCUGCAGACAUCCCAGCCUACUACAUCAGUACUUUCAAGUUUGAUCAUGCACUUGUCCCCGAAGAGAACAUCAAUGGUGUCAUCAGUGCCCUGAAGGUCAGCCAAGCAGAGAAGCACUAGAAGGGUCUCUUCUGCUCCUCCCUGCCGCCGCCCGGGCCCAGCCCUAACCCUGAAGAUUGAUCUUGCAGUAUUUCUCUACAGACUGGAAAAUCAGCCUGGGGACCCUGAGGAAGGGGCCUCUGUGGGAGACUCCCUCGAUUGCCAAUCCCUCCAGGGCAGGGGCCCACGCCAAGGCCUCUCCAUGCCCUCCUGCCUUCCCGGAGCCCCCCGACCCUCCAGAGAACGACCUUUCUCUUCCCUACCUCCCCCACCCCGGAAAAUGCUUUCGGAGGCCCAGGGAGCUUGUGAGCUGAUCCGCCUUCUCAUCCGGCCUCACCCAUGGCCAGGGGCAGAUGCCGAGGGAAGCCGGUCCCUCCUGCGAGACACCGGUGUGCCAGCUGUCAUGUCACCUUGCAGGGCUGGGGCUAGCGGGGUGGGGCCGAGUUUGGGGUGCCCUGGAGGGUUUGGGGGUGAGUACUGUGGUCACUGGUCUCUGCUUCCAUCAGCUCAGGGCUGGUUCCCUCGGAGUGGAGGCCAGCGUGGCCCCCUCAGGUCAUCGGGGCUGGUGAGGCUCAGACAGGAACCCAGGUGGGAUCCCCGAGCUGGGAAGGACCCAGACUCCCCCUGUACCUCGCCUGCCAACCACAGGGCCUGGGCCCGACUCCCAGCAAGACUGCCAAGAGGGCCCUGUCCAGACCCUCCCCUACAAGCACUCAGUCCUUGGGGGAGGAGGGAGGGUCCCAGGAGACCCACCAGCCUGGAGCACCAGCUCCUGUCCCCUCGGCUCUCCCUGGACCCGACUUGGGCAGGUAGAGCCUCAGCUUCCCCCAGCAGGGACAUCCCUGGCUUUCCAGGCCUGAGGUUUCUUAGGUGGUGUCCCACCUCCCCAACAGACAACUAGACCAGCAUAGGACUCCCCGCCGUCCUCCUCCCUCCUCUGCCCCCAAGUCACCUGCCUGCCCACCCGCCCCUUGGCUGGGGGCUGUGGCAUUCAUGAGUACUUGACCCAGGAGGCAGCUUAACUGAGCCUUAAUAGAGAAAACCAUACUUUGUUUUAGUUUUUUAUUUAAUGUAUUUGCACCCAGGCUGCUCUUGGCGGUAGUUUCUGUUUGGCAGGGAUAGGACCUGUUUGAGUUCUGUCAAGGGAGCCUGGAGGCUCUAUGUCACUAAGCUGGUGCUCUGUGGCUCCAGGGACAGGCAGUGGGAGUCGGGAGAUGUCACAGGAGCCUGGGCCCUCUCUUGUGAAGGGAAGCUAGGAGCAGAGAUCUGUUACAAGACGCUGGAGCCGCUGGCACCCCACAUGGGAACUCCCACCAACCAGCUGUAGUUCUAUCUGAGCACCGGAGGGGGUGAGGGAACCCGAGGGCCAUGGGGAGGUGGACAGCCGGGUGGCAGGCCAGCUGAGUGGUCAUGUCCAGGAGGCAUGGGGUUAGCCGUGGUGUCCCUUCCAGUGGGGUGGUUUUCUGAAUGAGCAGGACCAAGGGCCCCUGUGGUUUUGGCUCUGGCGGGGUUUUUUUUUUUUUUUUUUUUUUUUGAGAUGGGAGUCUGGCUCUGUUGCCCAGGCUGGAAUGCAGUGGCAUGAUCUUGGCUCACUACACCCUUCUCCUCCCAGGUUCAAGUGAUUCUCCUGCCUCGGCCUCCCAAAUAGCUGGGAUUACAGGCACGCACCACCACGUCUGGCUAGUUAUUGUAUUUUUUAAUAGAGACGGGAUUUCGUAACGUUGCUCAGGCUGGUCUUGAACUCCUGAGUUAAGUGAUCCGCCUGCCUCGACCUCCCAAAAUGCCGGGAUUACAGGCGUGAGCCACCACACCCAGCCGAGUUGUGCUGUUUCUGUGGUCAGAGGAGAAGGGAUAUUUUCUAGUCCUGACAAAGUGCUCCCUGCUUCUCUGAGUGGGACCCUCUGAGCCCUGGAAGCCCACCAGAAGGAGAAGCUGUUCUUUAAAAUCCUUGUGGGUGUUGGAGGCCCACCACAUUAAUUAGAAACCAACUUUUUUUUUUUUUUUAAGUUAAUUUGUUUUGCACAAAACUCCAGAACAAAACUUGUACAUUGCUGGUCCCAAAAGGGAGGUGGCCAAGUGGGGCAGGGCUGUGGUGGAAGCCCUGAGUCCCCUUUCUGACCUUGCAAGGCCUUGAUUUUCCUUUCUGUCAUUUUCCCCUGACGGUGUCACUUCUCUGCCUUUCCUUCCCGCCGUGCAAGUGUGUCGGCCCCGUGACCCCAGAGUCGUGUGUCCCCUAGACUUCCUAGGACGUAUCUAUUGUACACACCUAUAAAUACCUGUGUUUUAUGUUGAUAGAGAUAUAUACUGUAAAUAGCAUAUAUACUUGAGCAAUAUAUAUGUUAAUAUAUACUGUGUGCGCAGUCCGUGGACACAGCCCCCCGCUGUGUGUGCACACGUGUAUGGGCGUGACGGCCUCCACCCCGCACCGUCUGCCAUGCACGCGGGCACAUUUGAGCCACCAUAUAUUUUUAAUUCAAGUAUAUAGGCAAUACGAUUAUUACAGAAGCCGAUGGGUUCCCUCAGACCUGACUUGAGAGAACAAAGCCAGCAGCUCAAAGAGCCUGUGACAUGGGACGUGGGAAGGGUGCUUAGAGCCCGCUGUGGCGUGGAUCAUGCCUUCUGCACCCCACUUUCCCCAGGCAAGGUCCCUGGGCGCCCUUAUUUGGGGGGAUGUUGAUCCCGAGGGAGGAGUAUUUGGAAUUUCUUGCUUUUAACCAGAAUGCCCCCUCUCCCCUGCCCUCGCCAGCAGCCUCACCCUGAAGACCUGGGUCUGCUGAAUGGGCCACACGCUGCCUGUGUCCUGCCUCCGUGGGUGGCACUUUUUACGCAGGCAGCUUCUCUGUUUUUUUUUGUUUUUUGUAACCUGCAAGCUUAGCAAUCUCAGGUUGUGCUCCUGGGGCUGCUCCUGGGGACUGGCCUCGUGUCAUGGAGAAAAACAUGUGUGUCGGGGUGUGCUGGGGCCAGGGUAUGGCUCUCCGCCCUGGCUGGCUCUGCAGGGGUGGUCCCUGUUCCAGCCCGCUCCGUGGGAGCUGCCCCCCAGGGACCCUGCUCCUCGGUCGCAGGGGGCCCCUUUAGUUUUCCCGUCCCCAUCCUGCUCGUGUAAAGCUUGGUUUAUCUUCUCGGCGUUCUGUGUGUAGUGUAGUCUUGGUUUGGUCUCCACAGCUCUUCGGGGUGGGGUGUGAGUGUGGUUUUUCCCAGGCAGGGGCCGUCUGCCUUUGUCCCCCAGCUAUCUCCUGGUCUGUUGGGUGGGAGGGUCUCUCCAGGCCCCAGACCCCAGUUGGAGGGGCAUGUGUUUCUCAGAGGGGCUCCAUCCGCAGUUGCACGGAACUCCUUACCUGUUUGCCAUCCAUCCCCCGGAGGUAAUCAGAGGAGUGGGCCCGUUGUCUUGGCGCUGGCGGAUGGGGCAGGUGCCUGGCGGGGGAGGAAGAGGGCUCUCUAUGAUGUGGAAUUUUUUUUUUUUUUUUUUUUUGAGACGGAGUCUUGCUCUGUCGCCCAGGCUGGAGUGCUGUGGCACGAUCUCAGCUCACUGCAGCAACCUCCACUUCCUGGGUUCAAGUGAGUCUCCUGCAUUGGCCUCCCAAGUAGGUGAGAUUACAGGCACUCACCACCACACGCGGCUAAUUUUUGUAUUUUUGGUAGAGACGGGGUUUCACCAUGUUGGCCAGGCUGGUCUUGAACUCCUGACCUCAAGUGAUCCAUCCGCCUUGGCCUCCCAAAGUGCUGGGAUUACAGGCAUGAGCCACUGUGCCCGGCCUCAUGGAAUUUCUAGGGGUGAGCAGGUGACCCUGGGGCUGCCACUUGAGCUCCUGGAGUGUGUGUCUUGGCCCCUGUGUGGUUCUCCAUUAAGAAAAGCUCAGAUAGUCUCAACCCCACCCUCUCCCCUUGCUGCACUCAGAGUACCAGUGGGAGCUGAAGGAUGGGGAGGAACAGAGCAGUGACCACCCCUCCCUGCCACUGAUAAGUUCUGCCUCGUCGUGGGGCUCCCCUGGUUCCCAAGACACCCCUUCCUCCCUCAGCCCGUCGUCCUGACCCAGUAAAGAUCUGGGCAUUGCUGACUCUGCACCUCCUUCCUCCAUGGGCAUCUCCAGGACCGCCCUCCUUCAAGGGGCACUGCCCACACCACCGUCCUCAGCCCGAGGCAUGCAUCCGAGCUGGAGAGGUUUGCAGGCCUGACCCUGGUAGCCUCCCCUCCCCAAGAUUCAGAGGCGGGGACCCAAAGCCUCACUCCAAACCACUGGCAUUCUCACCUCUCACCUCCAGGCACCAGGCUGCUGGUGGGAAAGGAAGGAGCUGGGGGAUCAGAGGCUUCCAGUGUGGCCUCCGGAAGCAGCAGCAUAGCCAGGGUGACAUUUGUUCAGCAGGAGGAGGCUUGGUCUGGAGGGGCUUGACCCUCUGAGGUGACAGAGGAUGCCCUGGAGGUCAGGAGAGAAGACUGGGAAGACAGGAAGGGCCAGGCCCCUGUUAAAGCCCAGGGCACUAUUUGGUGAUCUUCAAAGGUGAACACAGGCCACCUCCCACUGGCCCCCUCCUCCUGGCCACAUUUUCCAGGGAUACCCUGGGGAGUCCUAAGGCCACCCUGGGCCCCUUUCUGAGCCUAGAGAUCUGGAUGUGGUGACAACCAGGGCUUUUCCCAGCCCCAGCUAAGAGAGGGGGCUUUAGGGCAAGAGCACCACCUCAGCCCUGCAAUGGGGGGAUCUUUUUUUUUUUUUUUUUUUUUUUUUGAGACAGGCUGGAGUGCAGUGGUGCGAUCUCGGUUCGCUGCAACCUCUGCUUCCCAGGUUCAAGCGAUUCUCCUGCCUCAGCCUCCCAAGUAGCUGGGAUUACAGGCACCCACCACCACGCUCGGCUAAUUUUUGUAUUUUUAGUAGAGACAGGGUUUCACUAUGUUGGCCAGGCUGUUCUUGAACUCCUGACCUCAGGUGAUCCGCCCACCUUGGCCUCCCAAAGUGCUGGGAUUACAGGCAUGAGAUACCCCGCCCAGCCAAUGGGAUUUUUGACGCCACUUCCUGAGUGAAGCGCUUUGCAUGGGGAUGGGAAGAAGCACCCCCAACCUUCUAGUCCGCUCUGAGCAGGGCCUGGAGCAUUGGAGACAUUGGUUAGUGUAAUAGGCAGAGCCUGAGUGAGGCCAGGGGGCUUCUCCAACAGAGAAAAGACAUUGGCUUUGGGUACCAUGCUGAGGGAGGGGGUUAGACCUGGCGGGGACCCAUUCAAAGGAGGCCGGGCUCGGUGGCUUAGGCCUGUCAUCCCAGCACUUUGGGAGACCAAGGCGGGAGGAUAGCUUGAGGCCAGGAUAGCAAGACCAACCUGGUCAACAUAGCAAGACCCUGCCUCUACAAGAAAAUAACGAAAGAGGCCCCAGGGAAGGAAGCCAGCCUGGAGCAGAGGCAGGAGCCUGAGGCCUGAGCCAUGGCAUCCAGGGACAGCCUGGUGGCCGAGAGAGCUUGUGGCUGUCACUAUAAGGGAAGAGGAGCUAUGGAAAUUGGAAGUGCAGGGUGGCCUGUGUGCUAGGAGUGGGGGUGCAGGCCUAGGUGUGUUUAUGCACAUGUUUGUGCAUGUACGUGUGAGCGUGGAUGUGUUCCUAUGCAUUAGAGUGUGUGCGUGCACGUGUGCAGAGCCCACACCUGAGAUAUGGGACUGGCUCUUGGAGUAUUUUGAGUUCUCAGUAGCGGUCUUGCUGUCGGGCCUUGAGUGCAGAAAUGAUUAGGUGAGUGAGGGCAGGACUCGAAUGCAGACCCUGGCUCCAGGGGAGAGGGUGGGGCGUCUCUGGUAGGAUGGCCUCACCCCACUUGUCAGAACUACUCUGGAGGGGGGCAAAGGUGUCAGGAACAGUUUGAGCAGUUCUGGCUCAGGGUCACUCAUGAGGUUGCUGUUGUCUGAAAUCUUAGCUAAGAAUUGGAGGAUGCACUUCUAAGCGAGGCCUGGCUGUAGGCAGGAGGCCUCAGUCCUUCCCCAGGUGGGCCAACCCACAGGGCUGCUUGAGUGUCCUCACAAUAUGGCGCUCGGCUUCCCCCCAGAGCAAGAGAUUCAAGGGCCCCGGGUAAAAGCCAAAGUGUUAUUUUUAUCCCUAGCCUCAGAAUUCACACGCCGUUGCCUCCACCAUGCUCUGGUUUGAUACAGCCCAGCUCUGAUUGGAAGGGGCUGGGGCUGCCCGUGCUGACUCUUCAAAGGCAUCCCAUCCUGCAGAUGGUGUUCACAGGGAGAGUUUGUGGGGGCCAGCACUCCCUCAUCUACUGGGGCUCAUUCUGGAAGAAGGUCCAGAAGAAUUGGAGACCCCUGCCCCUCACCCAAACUUUGGAGGUGGCAGGGUGAACAGCAGGCCAAGUUCAGGUCCCAAGACAGGCCAAGGCCGGUGCGGUUUCCCUUCCACUGCCUCAGUUUACCUGUAUUCAGAAGACGGUCUAGGAAGAGUUGAGCAGAGUUCCCUCUAAAAGAGUAGGGAGCUGAUAACAGUCCCAAGCCCUCCUCUUUCUCUAUGCCAAAAUCAUUUCCGUUAUCCUGAGAUGGGGGUGAGUGGAUGGAUGGUGUACUGAGGGGCCUCUGCCCUGCCCAGAGCCCCCCCCCCAUCGUAGUGGGGGCAGGGGACUUCCUGCCCACAACCCCCUCCAACCCUCACCUGGCGUGCCCGGGUCACCAGCAGCAGCAGCGGCGUUCCAUCGGUCCCAAGAUCUGGGUGAAGGGGAGAACCUGCCAUCUUAUCCCUACCCCCCGGGGCCCUCAAGCUUAUUUUCUUGUUGAAGAAACACAAAACCCUCGAGAUUCAUGUACUGUAUGUUGGAGAAAAAAAAAUUACCUAAUGUUCCCCCAAAAAAGACAGUAUAUUUUGUACUUUGUAAAGUGUUAAUUAAAAUGAAAAGAAAAAAAAACGA